GCCUAGUAAAGAGUAAAUUAGUGCAAAAAAGUUUCGGGAAGUUACUUUUUUUUUCAAGACUUAAUUUUUCUUGCCAAAAUAUUUUUAAUCUGAAAGCAUUACGCAAUCACAACACGAGAAAGGAAUAAAAACAAAUUUCAUAACAAUUAACGUUAUAAAUAUUGAGUGAGAUUAGUUUUUUUUCAAGUAGACAAACGUGAAAAAGUUUAUAUAUUAUCUAAUAUAGAUUCAAGCAAUACGAAAACUAAAUUAUUAUAUUUAAGAUGGAAAUUUUUGUACCUGAACUUCCGAAAUUAGAAUUUGUUACCGACGAUAGUCCUGUUUGCCAUCAGUCUUUAAAAUAUUGGGGACAGAAAACAAACGAGAUGGGUAAUAUUAUUCAUGAACUGGCAACAUCACUAGAAAAUUAUCAUUCAAGUGGUAUAAAUCACUUUAAUGCUGGAAAUAAAUUUAGUGAUGUAAUGUUUUCGGCAUCUAAAGCUUUCAAAAAUGAUUUAUUAAUGGAGAUACCAUUGGCUAAGUUUGCAGAUGCAUUAAGUCGCAUUGAAUGUUAUCGUGAUAUGUUGCUCACUCAAACAUUGAUGUUAGGUGUUGAACCUAUGAUGGCAAUGGUCAAAGAUUUUGAAAAAAUGAAGAAGUGCAAAUCAAAGCUUUUGAAAGCAAGUGAAUAUUUGCAUAUAACUUGGGAAAAGUUUGCAGCUUUGCCUCACAUUUCUCAUUUAGCAGAGCCAUUGCAACUUGAUCGUUAUGCUCAAAGUAUGAUAACAGCGAGACAAAAAUAUCAAUUAUUACUUGCUGAUUAUAUUGAAAUAGUGAGGAAAAAUAACAAAUACAAAAAAGUGAUCCUUCUUCGAAAGAUUUUGGAGCAUAUGUUUGCUGAGUUUUCAUUUUUUAACUAUUGUUCUCAAAUAUUGAAAGAUUUAGAACCGUAUAUGAACACCUUGUUUGAAGAUAUUCAAAAGUAUAUGGAUGAAUUUGAGGUUUCAGAGUCAUUAGAAGAAGCUUUAAAAAGGAAAAUUGAGCAAGAAGUAGAUUUCGCAGCUAAAACAGAGCGAAGUUGUUAUCAGAGUGGAGAUAGUAUACCUGCUAUGCCUGGUAAGCAAUUGUUUAACAAAAUGGGAGGAUUUUUAUCGUAUGGUGUUAAGGAAAUUAAGAAAAAUUACAAGGAUGGUAUAAAUCAAACCCCAAAAAGUGUUGAACAAGAUUGGGAAGUUGUUCAUGAUUCAACUAAACAUGAAACUCAUGAAAGUUUAUCAACCAUGGAUGGCUCUUCUCAGUUUUAUGUAUCUUUAAAUGAAACUGGCACUCCAGCAGAGUAUUUAGCACAUGAGGGAGAUGAAAUAAUAACUGGUGAAAAUGGUAUAGCUUCUAAUGGCUUUUCUUCUGGUGAUUUACACACCAAGAAUAAUGCUCUCUCACAAGAUGUAAAAACUGAUAAUAACUCUAAAGAAUUAAACAAAAAUGUUAUUUCAAUAGAUGACAGUCUCUCAAAUGAUUUGAAAAACUUGGAUAUAGAAAAAAAAGAUACCCUCAUUGAUAACCAGUCUCUACAACAAAAUGCUCAAUUCAAAAAGGGUUAUCUUCGUAUAAAGCAAAAAGGAUUCCCAAGAAGUCGAUAUCCUUUGUUGUACUUCAUACUUGAUAAGAAAUAUGGAGAGUUGCUUGUACAAGGACAAUAUCAUCGUAAUCCAUCGUUGUUAACAAAGUUAGUUUUAUCAUCAAUUCGACAGUGUGAUGCUAAUGAAAUAGAUAGAAACUAUUGUUUUCAGAUUCUCACAAGAGAAGCAGAGUACACUGUGCAAGCUAGAAACCAUCAGGAAUGUGAAGAAUGGAAAGCUGCUAUUCAGGAAGCAAUAGGUUCAGCUCUUAACAACAAUCCAGAUCAGUCACAAGCGCUCAAUGUUAAAGAAUCUACAGAUGGCUUCAAAAAAGAAAACAUUGUAUGUAGUAAUGCUGUUGAGCGAAUCAAAGCUGUAAAAGGAAAUGAUUAUUGUGCAGAUUGUGAUGCUCCAAGACCUGGGUGGGCAAGUUCAAAUAUUGGAAUAGUAUUUUGCAUAGAAUGCUCUGGUGUUCACCGAGGUUUGGGUGUACAUGUUUCCAAAGUGAAAUCGUUAUCAUUAGAUAAAUGGGAUGAGCAAUUAGUUGAGUUUAUGGAAUCACAUGGCAAUGAAAAGCUGAACAAGUUUUAUGAAGCAAAUCUUGGCUCAACUAAAAAAAUCAGCAGAGAUUCAUCCAAAUCUGAAAGACUUAAUUACAUUACUGCAAAAUAUGUGCAACGUCUUUAUUGUGCUUCUCACAACGAAGAUCCGAUGAUUGAGGAAAAAAAAAAUACACACGAAAUGGAUGGUAAUGCUUGUCAGUCGGCUAUAACAUGACAUUGAAUGGUCUAACCGUAGAAAUUAAAAUGUUGUAAAAAUAAUUUCAAUUGAAAUUAGAAAUUCAUUUGAUAAUUUAAAA